AUGAACGUGGUUAAAUUUUCCUUUGCCCAUAGAAACCUUUUCUUCAUUUCGAAAAACACCAUGUUAAAUCAUUUCCUCAUUCGUGAAAAAAAAAAUUUACUGCCAAAAUAUGGGGUUGCAAAUUUUGUAUACCAUGAUGAGGUAGCUUUAACAAGGGGAAAAAACGUCCAUGACGGCGUUUUAAAAAAUUCAGUCCUUUUGAAUGACUCCUUUUUUAUGUCCAAUUUGAAAAAAAAAAGCGAUGAGGAAUCAUCCUUUGAAAGGCCUCAACAGGAAAUCUUACAUUUUAAAAAUAAAAAAACGAGAUUAUCCUUGAGGAGAAAAAGAAAAAGAAUGGGCGAGCGCGUCAGCUUAAGAUAUCGAUGA